AUGACACAUUUACAGGAAGACAGUAUUAAAAAUAUGAUCAGUGACCCUGAUAUUGAAGAAUUAAAUCUUCAAGGAAAAAAUCUGACCGCAUUUCCAUCUGUAAUUAACCAUCUUGUUAAACUGAGAGUUUUAGAUCUCAGUAACAACAGUAUCACAGCUAUUUCAGACAACAUUGUUAACUUUGUCAACUUGAGGCAGCUUUCCCUUCACAAAAAUUAUCUUUCUCAUGUCCCUAUUAUAAUUGAUGAGUUGGCUAAUUUAAAUGUCCUGGAUUUGAGUUCAAACCAGCUAAGCAGUGUACCAGCAACCAUAGUCAACUUGAAGAAUUUGCAAACUCUCAAUCUGAACUCUAAUCAGAUCAAUAUUUUUCCAAAACCAAUAUGCCACAUUCCAAAGAUAAUAAAACUUGAGAUUGCAGAUAACAAUAUUCAUAGUCUACCAAUGCAGAUCUCUGAUUUAGUAAGCUUAAAUGAAAUGUGUCUGGAUAAUAAUAAGUUAACAUUUUUGCCUAUACAAUUUUUUGAAUUGGUUAACUUGACACAUCUAAGUUUAUGUGAAAAUCAGUUGACUAACUUGUCAGACAGAGUAGAGAAACUGCAAGAAAUGCAGGUUCUAAAACUUUCCAAAAAUUGUUUAGAAAGUCUUCCCAAAGAGCUCUUCACUUGUGUAAAACUAGAGAAACUUUUAGUUGAUAACAAUCAAUUAACAUACUUACAUAAACACAUUGGUAAUCUGUAUAAUCUAAAAGAACUUUCUGUCAGCAAGAAUAAAUUGAAAAAAUUGCCAUUUGGCUUGUCGCAUCUCCAAAACAUUACAAUUUUAGAUGCUUCUUACAAUGAACUGCAAAACAUUCCUAUUGAAUUGAAAAACUGUUCGCAAAUAGUCAGCGCCAAUUUGAGCAACAAUAAACUUUCAGAAUUUCCAACUGCAUUUAGCAUAAUGCCUAAUUUGCUGAAUUUGAAUCUUAGUCACAACCAAAUUACAUAUUUAAACUUUGAUGUGUGCUGCAUGAAGAGCCUUCAGUACUUUAAUAUAAGUGGAAAUAAGAUCUCGUCAUUUCCCAUUCAUCUGUGCAAAGUUUGGAACCUGACCUAUUUAGAUAUUAGCGAAAAUGGGAUGAAGGAUAUUCCAAACGAUAUUUCUCAACUGAGAAACCUUGUGAAUCUUUAUCUUCAAAAUAAUGAAUUUAAGGAAAUUAAUAAAAAUAUAUGCAAUUUAGCGGAUCUGAAAGUACUUGAUAUUUCAAACAAUCAAAUAAAGGCCAUUCCAACUCAAAUUGCAAAUCUGACCAAUAUUAUCGAACUCAACCUUUCUAACAACCAACUUCCAUCAUUUCCAAUUGAAAUAUGUCAACUAACAAGCUUGCAAAAAUUGAAAAUCAGCCAGCCAUUUGGUGCUAAGCUGAGAGAUAUACCUUUUGAAGUGGGUAAUUUUGUCAACCUACAAGAAUUUGACAUAGAAGACAAUGAGAUUCCAUUACUUCCAAACAAUAUUGAAUUAAUGAGGAAUCUAACCACGUUUAAAGCUGCAAAUAAUAGAAUACGCCAAAUCCCCAAUUUCAUUACAGCGUUGUCCAAACUCCAGCAUUUAGACUUGAAAGGAAAUAAGCUGUCUUCUCUCCCAAGAGACUUUGGCCGUCUGAAGGCUCUGGAAGAAAUACAGCUGGAUGCAAAUCCCCUAGUAAAACCCCCAAUUCAAGUUUGCGAAGCAGAAAAGCUUUUUCCAAUAGAUGAAUACUUGAGGUGUACAGCAAUCAGGGACAAAAAGCUACUAGAAAAAAUCAUAAAGGUUAUAACACAAAAGGUUUCUUCUGAGGAUUUCGAACAUCUUUGCAAGAAGCUACAUCUGCCACACGAAAAUGUUGCGUUAUUGUCAAAAGCAAGAUCACUUACAUUGGAAGAUAAGCUAGCGCAAGCCCUGAUCUGGUGGCAAAAUCAACAACCACCUUCACUGGAACCUUCGGACUUAACGAUUAAUUUAAUAAGAACUCUGGACAUCGCAGACCUGCAAAAGCUGGCAGACAUGGUGAAAGCCAUACGAAUAUAUGCACAAGCUAUCAAAUUCUAAGCAUGCUCCAUGCACACAUUUCUGUCAACGAGUUGCAACGCAAAUGUCAAAAAAGAUCCAUUGUGCAAUAAUAAAAGA